AUGUUCCGACGACUAGCGCAAAGCGUAGUGCGACGUACACAAUACCGACUGGCUUCGCAUGAUUACGAAGCUCUCGUCAAUGCGAAAAAGUGCGUUGUUUUCAUGAAGGGCACUCCAGAUAGGCCACAGUGCGGAUUCUCCCGCGCGGUGAUUCAAAUGCUCGAAGCAGAAGGCGUCGAUCUCAACAAGGAAGUCAGCGCUCACAACAUCCUCGAAGAAGAAGGCAUGCGAGAGGAAAUGAAGGACUUUUCCGACUGGCCGACUUUUCCCCAAGUCUAUUUAAGUGGCGAGUUCUAUGGCGGCUGUGAUAUUAUGUACGAGGAUUAUAAGAACGAAAAGCUGCGUGGCAUUCUUCUCGAAGCAAAACUAACUCUUCCUGAAAUUUAA